AUGACUAUCUGCGCUACACUAUCAUUACAUCCUGAUCUCAAUCACUGCUUGAAAGCGCAAGACUUGACUCACAUUUCUUUGGAACGGUAUGACCUCGAGAAUCUCCAAGAAACCACUUAAGUUACAUGCGCGAUUCUACCAGCCCCGAGGCAGUCAGACAUCGCGUGAAUCAUACCCACGUGGCCAAAUUCCACAGAGUUUUGACCUUCCAGCUUUUCACCAACAUUCAACAAUCCCGGACACGUUCGCAACAUCGCUCAAAGACUUUGGCACGUAAGGAAUUAAACCGCAGACAGACGGCCAAGCGUAAGGGCACAGCCACCACAACGAUCAGAAAGCUCGCGACG